UCUAGGCGGCAGCCCUUUUCGGCCUUGGAACCUUUUUCCUCCACCAGCAGUGAGGGAAGUUUUCCGUUGUACCUUCCGGCGGCGUCGGCCCUAUUUCCCGUGCUGCACUGCGGGCCUUUCUCUUUCUCUUCCGGUCCCAGGCGCUGCGGAAGCCGCAGCUUACCGUGAGUGUUGGCCUUACGGCAUCCAAAGCCAUCCGUGACUACAGGGUGGCGGAGCGUCGCGGGGUGCAGACAUGGCCAAGUCCAAGAACCACACCACACACAACCAGUCCCGCAAAUGGCACAGAAAUGGCAUCAAGAAACCCCGGUCACAAAGAUACGAAUCUCUUAAGGGGGUUGACCCCAAGUUCCUGAGGAACAUGCGCUUUGCCAAGAAGCACAACAAGAAAGGCCUGAAGAAGAUGCAGGCCAACAAUGCAAAGGCAGUGAGUGCACGAGCAGAGGCCAUCAAGGCCCUGGUGAAGCCUCAGGUCACCAAGCCCAAGAUGCCAAAGGGCCCCAGCUGCAAACUCAGCCGCCUGGCUUUCAUCGCUCACCCCAAGCUUGGGAAGCGGAUUCGAAGCUACAUGGCCAAGGGUCGUAGGCUCUGCCAACCAAAGCCCAAGGUUCAAACCAAGGCAGAGGCCAAAGCUCCAGCUAAGGCCCAGGCCAAAGCUCCAGCCCAGGCUCCUAAAGGUGCCCAGGCCCCUGUGAAGGCCCCAUAGAAAAGGCUCCUGCCAGUGUGAAGACAGAUGGACUGCCAUGACACACCUACCCACACACUAUUUGCAGAUGACCAGUGUCCUAAGCUGUUUUUACAAAUAAACUCAAGGCAAGAUCUGUUA